AUGGGCACAGGAUUAGAAGCUAUUGCUUCCUGCGUAACAUUGUCUGAUAUAGGUGAUAAAGUAGUGGAUCGUGAUGAGAAUGAGUUAUUGAGCAUGAAUGAAUGUGGUGAUGAGUGGAGUGAUGGGAAUAAGCUGACGGAUGAGGCGGUGGACCGACACCGCUCGGCUCGGCCGCGCGCGCGCUCGCCCGAGCGUGAGCAUGCGCCCGCCUCGGGUGAGCAACGUCCACACCAAGCGAGCGUACGGCGCAUGCCGCGCGCGGCGGACUUCGCCCGAGGCGGCUCGCUUGAUGUGGACCCGCCUAAUGAUGUAUUCAGUGGUAGUGCAAGAAAGGAUAAAAUCUUCGCUCUUAGAAAAAAAUUAGAUGAUUUUAUUGAAGAAGAUAAAAGACGUAGAGAUCGUAAUGUGUACAUUCUGGAACGCUUCGAAAAGAUUCGGUCAACGGUAGCACUUUUAAAAAGUAUUAACAAUAACAAUAUAACAAUGGAAAAUGAUAACAGUGUUAGCAAUUUAAUGACGAGAAACAAUGACCGCGUAUUAAUGCGUCAAGAUUUGCUGAAUUAUAGAGAGAACCGUGUUGAUGAUAGUUACAUAUUGAAAGAAAUAUCCAAAAAGUAUAUACUCAUACCAAGAAUUUAUCCAAUGAAUAGAUACCCUAUUAUAGAUAUUAAGCAAAGCGAGGACAUUGACUGGAGAAGUAAAUAUAAUAUUCUAGAUGAACUCAAGAAAAAGGAAAGGGAGGAAGUCCCGGAAAGAGACACGACAGAACAUUUUAUGCAAAAAGCCUCCGAGUUAUGUAAUAAUAAUAACACAAGCAAAAGUAACGGAAUAAUUAGCAAACAACAAGACAAAGAAAGUCAAAACAUUUUGAUAACAAAUGAAAACAAUUCUAGUAAAGUUGAUACCCGAGCCGAACACACUAGUUCAUUACUCAAUAAUAAUAAUUGGGAAUCUGAUAGCAAAGUAGAUGAAGAUUCAAAUAUACAAAACGAUUUUAAGCCCGUCCAUGAAAAUUUAAAUAUUUUGAAUGUCAAUAAAGAUAAUGAAUACAUUACAAACGAACAAAUUGAUAUGAGUUCAAAACAGCCUGAACCGAACUAUUCUGAUAGUAAUCAAGAUAACUCUUCUAAAAUUCUUAAAAAGCAAGAAAUAUCUAAAAACAAUUAUGACAUAAAUACAAAAAAUCCUAACGAGAUAGAGCACACGAAAGGAUCACAUUCAAAUAAAGAAAAAUAUGACGACAUUAAUUUUGUGGACAGUAAUAACGAAACAUCAGAGAUUCCAAUAAACAAUUUAAAAGAAAGUGCUAUAGAUGAAACUACUUUAGGUACCACAAACCAACAAGAAUCGUUUCAUACGGAGAACAUUGGUCAACAUGUGGAGAACAAUCAGGUCCAUCAAGAAGAUACUUCGGAGACUUAUGCAAAUGAAAUCAAUAACGUAGCUGACCAAUAUAAUGUAUACUACGAAGAACCACAAUCGCAACAAGAACAGCUUGAAACAUGUAAUAAUGUGAACGACGAAAGUCAAGAAUUAGUAGAUCCAAAUCACUACGAACAAAAUUAUGAAAAUUCGCAUGAAAACGAUAACCAUUCCCAGAAUUACGAAAACUAUGAAGCAUAUAACAAUUAUCCUGUUGAGAAUCAAAAUUAUGAAUACAAUAACGUAGAUCAAAAUCCCGAGUAUAACAAUUCCAACAAUAAUUUUAUACCAGAUUCUACACAAGAAAUAAUUACUAAGAAAUUCAGUGAAAAUCAACAAAAUUAUGAUACGCGUGAAAGUAGUGUGGAAAUGGUCCAAAAUCAGCAAAUUUAUGAUCAGCAAAAUUAUGUUGAUCCAAGUCAUGCUGAAAUUCAACAACUUUAUACUGACAAUAAUGAAAUGAUACCAGAAAAUAAUAUUAGUAAAGAUGUUCAAGAAGGAAUAAAUCCAGAACAAACAUAUGACUUGCAAGAUGAAUAUAACGCACAAAAUCAGGGCGAAACUGAACAGCAAUUUGAAGUGGGUCAUUAUUCGGGUGCUGAAAACGAAAGUGAUAACUUACACCAAGAUUACAAUAACGAAAAUCUCAACGAAAUUUAUCACGAUAAUCAAGGUAUUCAGGAAGCAUAUGAUUAUUCUGCUCAGGGGCAAGAAAUUCAACAGCAUAAUGGUUUAGCAUAUAGUGGACAAAACCAGAGUGACUUUGUACAUUAUGAUGAUGGUAGUGGUUUAAAUGCCCAAAAUGAAUUUAACAAUUUACAAGAAAAUUAUGUUGACCAAAACAUUCACGAAAUGUAUCAAGAAGGAAACUUGCAACAACACAAUGUUCAAGAUAAUGAGCAAUAUGAUUACAACUCACAAAGUAAUGAAAUUCAACAUAAUGAUGUAAAUGAUUCACAAAUAGCUCAAGAGAAUAAUUAUGUAGAAAGCUAA